AUGACUCACAGGCUCAAAAUCAACAACAAUAACCAAGAUAUAAGGAUCUCCAACACUAGCAGUUCCAGAAACUCACUAAGAAUAGCAGAAAUCAACGUCAACUCAAUAGUUAAACUUCAAAGAAGGCUUGACCUAUCCAAGCUCAUCGAUGAACACGACUUAGACAUCACAUUAGUCACUGAAACAAAACUGAGCCCUCGUCAUAAACUCCAAAUGGACGGAUACAACAUAAUAAGAACAGAUAGACCAGGCCCAAACAGGGGUGGUGGCACCGCAAUAGUAAUUAGAAACGACAUAGACUACAACACUCUAUCUCACCCUAACUCAGCCAACAAUAAAAUAAUAGAAUACACACUAAUAAAAAUAAAACUAAGCAAAAAUAGACACCUAAUAGUUGGCAGUCUUUACGCAACAACAAAACUGGAAUCCAAACAAGUGUUUCUCGACGAGCUUGACACACUCUUUCUUAACCUCAACCUGAACAACAACAACAACAACUACUAUUUAAUAGCUGGAGACUUUAAUGCCAGACACAGGGAACUAGGCGAUCGGGUAAACAAAACCAGAGGAAGAUGGCUGGUGAACUGGGAUAAAGAAAAUUCAAUAACUUACAGGUCCAAAAUCCACACAGCACAUGAACCUACAUUCACAUCAAAAGGAAGUGAAUCCUACUUAGAUCUCUGCAUCGCCGACUCCAGACUGAAUCUUGUGAAUUUGAUAAACAACAAACUAAAAAAAUUAAACUACGACAGUGAUCACAGGGGAAUUCUUAUAGAUCUAAACCUACAAAAGCUAGAAAUUAAUUCACAAUCAGUCGAAUCUCACACUUCGUCUUUAUACAAAAAAACAAAGUGGAAAAAAUUUACCAAACACAUAAAUGAUAACUAUUCCAUUGAAAUCCCUCACGACAGAAACUUAAAUAUCGCAGAAAUUGACGAAUAUAUAGAACAAUUAAAUGAAGCAAUUAUAACAUCCAUAGAAAAAAUAGUCCCAAAAAACACAGCACAACCAAAAAACAAUUAUUACAUCACCAACAGGCUAGUUAAACUACAUAAGCAAAAGUCGCAGCUACUUACACUACUACAUAAAGAAAAAAAGUCAAACACAGCCAAUCAUCAUCUGAUAAAAAACAUCAAAAUUAAAAUAGAAGCAAUUCGUUCCAAGAUUCAGCUGGAAAUUAAAGCAAACAUCGAAAAUCAUUGGGAAAAAAUCUGCAAAAAAGUCAAUCAUCGUGACCACACAAAAUUUUUCCCCAUAAUAAAUAAAGUCUUCAGACCCCGGGAAAGAUCGCACAUGCCUAAUCUGUCAAUCAAAGAAGAGAACUCACAUCUAAUUGAUAGAUGUGAUAUCAAAAAAGACGACCUGAACAAAACAAAUAAUGAAUAUAUCAUCGAAGAAGUAGCUGACAAAAUUAAUAUCAUUGGAGCCUUCUACGAAACAAUUAAUUCUCCAAAAUAUUUAAAUGCCAAUACACGGACCAAAGAAGUUGCGGACCGAACAGUUCAAGAACUGGAGCAAAGACUGGCCAGGGACACCGAAGAAAAUAAAACAAUCACUGUAUUCUCCCAAGAAAACAGAGCAUACGCGCCCAACAACAACGAUGACAACUACUUCUGCACUGUAUUGAGACUAGAAAAGAUCCUAAAAAGGCUGCCUAAUAAAACCUCGGCAGGAGUCGAUGAUAUUACGUCCAUUGUACUUAAACAUCUGCCUACGGUCAUGAUUAGAGACUACUCUACAUUAUUUAACAAUGCUCUCAACAGGUAUCAACACUCCACAGUUCAUGCCAUCAACAAACUUUUGUCUGAUGUAACAUCGCAUCUAGCACAAGACGAUAUCAUCGGAGCAACGCUCAUCGACUUAGAAAAAGCUUUCGACACGGUUUGGCUAGCUGGAUUAAUAUACAUCCUGACUAAAAACAAAUUUUCAGAACAACUGGUAGGUCUAAUCUGGAGAAUGAUCACCGGCCGUACCUUCUACACCUGGAAUGGAAGAGAAAAAUCCCCAAAACUUUUUAAAAUAAAAGAAGGUCUACAACAGGGGACAGUAAACUCUCCAACACUCUUCAACAUCUUCACCAGCCACACAUUGAACGCCUUCAAGCUGAAUCAAGACAAUAACACCUACUCGAUAGCUUAUGCAGACGACUUGAUUCUAUACGUCGCUGCAAAAUACCCAGAGCCAUUGAAAGUCCAGCUUGAAAGAUUAGUAAAUAAACUAAACAAUUACUACGCCUUGUGA